GGGUUGGGGCACGCGGAGGCGCUUCACCGAUUUCCGCGCGUCCGUUUGCCGGGUCUGCAAGUGUGUGGAACCCUGUGCGCCGUUGCGCUCUCGGCCAUGGGGGUCCCCAAGAGGAAGGCUCCGGGCGGCCAGGACGGCGCGGCUUCCCGCGCGGGCACAGCCCCCCGCGCGGGCGCAGCCAAGCGGGCCCGCGCCGAAGAGCUCACGGGCGUGCGCUUCAAGGCUCAGCUGCGGGACCCGCAGGGCGCCGAGCCGGCCUUGGAAGCGUUUGUCACUGUUGCCAAGAAGCUACCUCAAGAAGACGUGUAUGAUGUUGUGGAAGGGUACAUAAAGAUUUCUGUGGAGUGUGCCGAGAUUUUCCAGCUCCUGAGUGGGGAGAAGCGACCCGAUGGUGAAAUGCUAUUAAUAUUUCAAGUUUUCGAGGCUAUUCUAUUGCGGACAGCAAGCGAUCUUUCCCAUUUUCAUGUUGUGGGGACCAACAUUGUGAAAAAGCUAAUGAAUAAUCACAUGAAGCUCAUCUGUGAGUCCCUGUAUGCCUCGGGCUACAGGAUGGCCCGAGCCUGUCUGAACCUGAUGGCCGCCAUGGUGACCCAGGGUCCUGAGGCCGCCAGGGACGUCUACAGCCAUUUUGAUUUGAAUAAAAAGACCUUGUACACCCUGGCGACCAAGAGGGAUUCCAAGGGCGUGCACGAUGUCCGGCUGGCCUAUAUCCAGUUUGCGCUUUCCUUUCUGAUCGCUAGUGAUGACAGCACGAUAGCGCAAGUGCUGGAGUUGAAAGAAUUUAUUCCUUGCAUUUUUAGCUCAGGCAUAAAGGAAGACAGGAUUUCUACUGUCAAUAUUUUGUUAUCCACGCUGAAAACAAAGGUAGUUCACAAUAAAAAUAUCACCAAAACCCAGAAGGUGCGUUUCUUUACCGGGCAGUUACUGAACCACAUAGCAGCUCUCUACAGCUGGAAUGGGAUUGUUGAUGUGAGCCUGGAAAAUGUCAAGGCUUCUGCUGAGGAUGCGGGGAAAACCAUGGUGAGGGAGCUUGUUCACACCUUCCUGAUGGAUCUGUGCUGUUCACUCAAGCACGGAAUUAAUUUUUAUGACGCAUCUCUCGGCACCCUCGGCAGAGGCGGGAAUCUGACCCUCCUGCACUUCCUGUUGGGUUUGAAGACUGCUGCAGACGAUGAGCUGGUGGCCGAGCUCGUGGUGAACAUCCUCAAAGUGUGCCCGGACUUACUGAACAAAUACUUCAAGGAAGUCACAUUUUCCUUUCUUCCUAGAGUGAAGUCCACUUGGUCAAAUAACAUCAAACUGCUGAACAAGAUCUAUGAGGCCCAGCCGGACAUUUCCCGGGCUUUUCAGACCAGAGAGUUCAUCCCCUUGCCUCGGCUCCUGGCAAUGGUGAUGGUGACCACUGUGCCCCUGGUGUGCAAUAAGAUCAUGUUCACCCAGGCAUUAAAUUUGGACAGCAAAUCGGUGAAACACACAGCUUUAUCCCUUAUUUCCGUCAUUUUGAAAAGAGCAUUGAAAACCGUUGACCACUGCCUGAAUAAAGAGACGUGGCAAGGAUCAAGCGUGUACUCGGCCGAGGUGAUGGAAGAAUUCGUGCGGCUCUUCAGAGAAGCUCUGAGCAAGAUUUUACCAGACCUCAACACCAUCGUGUGGGUCUGGCAGUCCCUUCGAAAGCAGGACACAAAACAGGAUGAUGAGAAAGGAAAGAAGAGGGACAACCAGACUCCCACCUGUGUGACUCCCGAGUGCGAUGAUGCAGAAACCAUUCUUCUGAAAGCCGUUCUGCUCCAGGUCAUAUGCCUGUACCAGAAGGUGGUCCCACACAUGGUCAUGCAGUACAACUUUGACUUCAGCAAGCUCCUGAAAGGCAUCAUCUCAGAGCAGGGCCUCCGAGACGAGGUCCCUCCCAUUCUGCAGCACCACAUUCUCAAGGUGGCCCUGGAGCUGCCCGCCAGCAAGUUUUUGUGGUUAAAGGCACAGGAAGGCCCAGAUGCAGAAAUUAUUGGAGGAGAGCGAUCUGUAUUUUACUUAUUGAUGAAAAUGUUUGUGACCAGUAGCCAUCUGCAGCUCAAGUCAUCUACCAAACUCCUGAUCAUAAAGAUUCUUCGGGACACAGGGGUGUUCGAGCACACGUGGAAGGAGCUGGAGCUGUGGCUGGAGCACUUAGAUUACACCCCAGAAGAGAAACGAGAGACUGUGAUUCAGUUUUUGGAACGUGUUUUGCUGACUUUGGUGGCGAAUCCCUAUUCAUACACAGACAAAGCCUCUGACUUUGUCCAGGAAGCCAGCACACUGCAGGCCACUGGGACGAAGCAGGAUGCUGAUGAUGUCAGCAUUCCUGUCUCUCACAUCGACGAUGUUCUCGACAUGGUGGACGUCCUGGUGGAGGGCAGCGAAGGCUUGGAUGAGGAAAUUGGAUUCUUACUGAAUGAUGACAUGAUCCUGCUCACGUUCCCAUUCAGCGCGGUGGUCCCCGCCGCCCUGGAAGCCAGGAAUAAGUUGCUCCUUGGGACAGAAAGUGAAACAGGAGAGAGCGUCGUGGCGUAUCUGACGGCAGUGCUGACAGACCUGCUCCACACGCAGAGGGACCCUCUGGCUCUGUGUCUGCUGCUUCAGGCUUACGAUACGUUGGAGCCUCCGGCCCCGCCUUGCUGCCAUCAGCUGUCCCGGUUCCGCGGAUACUACAGCCGCUGGAUCCCAGAGCCAGCCCGAGAGGCCUCGCCCCUUCAGACGCCAGGCAGCCUUGCGCCCCAGGGUCCUCCAGCCUCCUCCUUCGCCGCCCUGCUGCAGACGGCCUACGAGAGCGAGGGCGCGCUCCUGGACGGGCAGGUUCAGGCGCGGCUGCGGGCUGCCCUCCCACACGUCCCGAUGCACCAGCUGCUGCGCUCGGCCACACACCUGCUGCUGUACCUCAGGAGCACCGUGCAGAGCUUCGGCCAGCUGGGCCGAAGUGCAGGGCCUGCCCUCCUGCAGCUCCUCCUGGACCUCCUCAGGCGCCUGGUCGUCCACUGUGUGCAGCUGGAUGCGCAGAACCAGCAGAAAUGCGAGGCCGCCCAGGCCGAAUCCGACCUCUUUUUGGACAUGGAGUCCAUGGCCUCGCUGGAGCUGGCCAAUGACAAGACACUGGAGGAGGUGCUCGUGGCCAUCCUCCGACACCCCACACUGGAGGGCUGGUACCUGGCCCUGGAGCAACAGGCCCUCCCUCCGCACACCCUCAGCCCCGUCCUUGUGAAACUCCUGGCAGCCCACCUCAGCACAGGGGUCCUGCAGCUGCUAAUGGCUAGCGCCCCGGUCCUCCAGAGCACUGGUCAGCGGGGCCUCCUGGCCAAGUACUUGGAGGCCAUCACUCAGAGCGUGUUGAAGGAGUUGCAAAACAGGAGGACAGGCUCGGCCGUGUCACCACCAAAGACCCUCCCUCAACUGGAGGCCCUGCAGGGACUGCAUCCCUACAUGGAGGGCGCCCAGCUCCGAGAGGUCACCGUGGCCCUGCUGAGCCUGCCUGGGGCCCAGCUGGUGACCCAGUGGCCCACGAAGUCUCCUGGGAAGGAGAGACACCUGAAUGCUUUCGGCAAGGCCCUGGUCCAGCUGUUGAUCACCAGCCCCCAGGACCAGCUGCAGAGCAGUGAGCUCCUUUGGGCCUCCGAGUUUGUGAAAGGCCUGGGGGCUUUGCUCCCCACAUUGGCCGUGGACGAGCUGGACGCUGUAUUACUCCACACUCUGCAGAGAGAGCCCGCGCUGGCCCCCGUGGUUGGGGUGGACCUGCUCGACUACUGCCUGGCCCGGCGGACACAGGCGGCCCUCGGCAUCGCCGCCCUGCUCCUGCAGCUGAGCUGCACCCACCUCCUGCGGUUCGAGCUGUGGUGCGGGCAGCCCGGCACGGGGCUCUGCCUCCAGGAGCGCCUGGAUGACUUGCUCCCUCUCCUCCACGCGUAUCUCCAGGCCAGGACACAGGGCUACUGUGCACGCCCGGCGGGAGUGUCCUGUGCUGUCAUUCCCGUCUUGAGGAAGGCCCUGUGGAAACGGCUGCAGACCAGGCUUCUCAGCACAGACGGGCCCCCAGCGUCCGGGCUGCAUCAGGAGGUCCUGGCCCAGCUGGUCCCGUUUGCAAAAGCCAAGGACCUUGCUGUCCUCAUGGACCAUUUGCCCAGCUUGCUUCAGACUCCGGGCAGGCGCGAGAGUUGGAACGUGGCCGACUCUGUGUCUGCAGUGCUGGAAGGGUCGGCUGGACAGCUGCGUACCUGGAGGAGGACUCUGUUGGAGUCCUGUGUGAAAUGGCUGAUCGUAUCUUUCCGUGGUGGCCAGCAAGACCACGACGGUACCCGGGAUCAGGAGAGGCAGAUGCUGCUGAGAUUUAGUGAGCUGCUGAAUUCCCUUAAUGAAGUUGAUCCUGGUGAUUGGCAGAAAUUUGUGAAGACUGGACUCAAAUUUCGGUAUCAGGACCACGCAUUUUUAAAGGCCCUCCAUGCUGCCAUACAGUGCCUGUAUCUUCCUGAAAACUCCAUGUGCACAAAGCUCAUCCAGCUCCCAGUGGUCCACAUGAUGCUCACGCAGCAUUCUCUCUUUUUGCCAACUCUACUAAAGUCUGAAGAAGAGGAAAACCUGGACAAUCAAGUAAAAGAAGCGCUAGUGGAUCUGAUGUCGGUGGUGGUGAAGAUGUGUCCCUCUGUCUGUGAAAGCAGCCACUUUGCCGUGCUCCUUGGGGCCUAUGGUGCCACUCUAAGCGUCCUGGACCAGAAGAUUUUACUUCUCCUCCGGGCGUAUGAACAGAACGACCUCAGCCUUGUGAACUUCAGAGUGUUCCUGUGGGGCCCGGCGGCGGUGGAGCAUCACAAGACAUGCCGGAGCCUGGGCAAGUCGCUGUGGCAGCAGCCGAGCGUCGGGGACAUCCUCCGCCUGCUGGAUCCGGACCGCAUGAUGAAGACCAUCCUUCACUUCCCGCAGAACCGGAGGCUGCUGCCCCCCGAGGACGCACAGGAACUGAUCUUUAAAGACCGGCGCACAGUGGAUCUCGAUGGCCUUUAUGACCCCUGCUUUCUCCUGCAUCUCUUCAGUGAACUGACCAGGCCAGAAUUUGUGGUGGAUUGUCGAAAAUUUUUGGAUUCCAAUUCUCUGGGCCUAACUGUCACGGCCCUCAGCAGCUAUGACCCCCAAAUGCGAGCUGCAGCCUACUACGUGCUGGCGGCCUACUAUUCGCAGCUGGAGGGGGCACGGUUCCGAGAGCAGUCUCAGCUACUUUACCUGUUGGAUGUAGUCCGGAAUGGGAUCCGAACUCAGAACAUGAGACUCACCUUUACCUUGACUCUCUUCAUUGCCAAAGCAGCCUUGCAGAUUUUGAAACCAGAGGAGCACAUGUACUUGAAGAUCAACAAGUUCCUGCUGUCACACGAGUACUUGAAUAUGAACAAAGUUCCGGGCUUCUACCAGUUCUUCUACAGCUCAGACUCUGAGCAAAAGACAGAACGGGAGUGGGUGUUCGGGAUCCUGCGGCAGGGGAUGCGGGACAAGCACUGCUACGAGCUCUGUGCCCGGCGAGGCGUCUUCCACAUCAUCCUGUCCUUCUUCAGCAGCCCACUGUGUGACGGCGAGGCCCAGAAUUGGAUUCUGGAAAUUCUACAGAACGCUGCCCGGGAUGCCCAGUCUGCCUAUGAGAUCCUCCGGGACUAUAGUCUUUUAACGUGGAUUUUGCACAUCCUUGAGAGCAAGUUUCUGGAGACCCAGCUGCUGUCCAACAUCAUCUCCUUGCUACACACACUGUGGGUGACCAACCUGGGGGACAAAGGAGUGGCGUCGGAGGGCCAGCCUUCCUGCCAGCCAGGGUCCCAGGAGCCUCCGAAGCUGCUCGCCCUGCACUUGGUCAGUGAGUUCCUGUAUGUUCUUGUUGCGCUCACGAGGCACCUGAGGCCGACCUUGGCCUCUGCCCAGCUGACCGGCUUCUUUGAAGCGCUCGACUCCGUGCUCAAGUACCGGGCCUCCGUCAUGCAGGCCUUCGAGGACAUGAACCGCUUCACCGUGAACGAGACGGUGCUGUCCACCAACGAUGUCCUCAUCCUCCUGCACAAAUGGAGCCUCCUUGAGAGAGACGCUAAGCUCCAGGAGGACCUGAGAGCGGCCAUUGAGAGAUACCAAGUCAAGGAGCUACAGAAGAUGCUCAAGGACAAGAACAAGCCUGUCGUGCCAGCCCGAGCCAGAGGCCCGCGGGCCCGGAGGAGGAGGCCUGGGGAGGCAGAGGAGACGGCUGAGCCCGAGCAGCCCGCGGCCACCUUGGAGACAUGCAGGGGCUUCCUGAGGUCCAUACUGACCCACUGGGGGCCAGCGCUCCCCGGCCCCGAACAGGCUCAGGAGCCCGCGACCGGGGCCAGCCCUGAGAGCCGUGCGCCGGGCCUCGCGUGCGCCACCGUGUCCCUGGCGGUCAGCUGGGUGCUGCGGUCGGUGGCGGGGCACCCGCCGAGCAGGGCAGAGGCCGCGGGACUUCUUGGCUGGCUGCAGCGCCACAUUUUGCCACAGCCAGUGGUGGUGACUGAGCUGCUCCGGGACAGCGCCGUGAGGGGUAGUCUCUUCCGGCUGUACAGCCGGUUCUGCGGCGCCCAGGACCUGGCGGGGCCUGCGCACAGUGUCGCCUGCCUGUUCGGCGCCGUCCUGCUGCAGCUGGUGGCGGCCCAGGGCCCGGCGCCGAGCCCCUGCCACCUGGCGGUCCAGAGCCUCUGCCUCUCGGCUCUGCAGGAGGACGACGAAGCCACGCGAGCCACCGCAGCAUUCCUGGUGUCUCUGUACAUUAAGGACGUCUGGCUGGGGGCUCAGCGGCCGGACACCCUCCUAACCCAUGUCCGAAUGAUCUGUGACGCCGCAGAGGACACGCCAAGUGGUGACGAGGAGGCCAUCGUCAUCCUCUGUAAGAACAUCGCCGCCUCAGUCCCCAACGCCUGACGCCCUGCUAUCUGACACCUUGCCAUCUGACGCCUUCUGGCCCCAGGUUCUAGAAGUUUGGCUGAGUCAAGGGUUUCCAUGCAAGCCUUGUAUGAUGACGAGUUCUGUCUGUGUCAACUCCGUUUCCUGACGAGCGAAGUUGACCUAUUUAAUUCACCAGUAGGUACUAAGCUCAAGGGACUGUGUGCACACAGUGUAAUCAGAGCUGCAGUGGGCGUGGGGCCUUCCGGGCCGCAAGCAGGCUCAGUGGUCAGGUAGGUAAGCCCCGCCUCCCAGCUUCGUUGCUCUUAGAGAAUAUACCUCAAGUCGAGGUAACACUUCUGAGCACUUAAGGGAUUAUGUGCAUAUUAAAGCUAAAAUGUCCAAGAACGUAAUACGUCAGAUAAAAAGAGUGUGAAGAGAGAUGUUUCAACUUUUCUUUCCAUGAGAAGUCUUACAAAGCUUUGUAUAACUUUUUGAGUGAAUGAGCUCCUGCCGGUGUUAAUUAUUUUACUAUGUAAAUUCUUACAGUAUAAAAUUGAUUUGGUCUCUGCUUUGGAAAGAAAGCCUGUAUUUUUUUUUUAAUUGUUUCAAAGGGGGGGAUUUGGGAUUUUAUAACUUGUUAAUAAAUGUCUAUUU